GGGACGGGAAACCACUACCUGUUCGCAUGCUCGGAAGUUGCUGGCCCUACUUAGGUAGGCUACUUGUCGUCCUAUAGUCUUUUAGUAAAACGACAUAUAAUUUGUAAAUCCAGUAGAUAUGCUGACAUGGAAAGUUCACAGACAAAACCACACUUUAACAUCAUGCACUUCACAGCAGAGAAUCCUAACAAUCUAGUCCCCCUUCUUCUUCUACUGAAGGCAGCCCUUGUUCGGUUUUCUCUUUUGCAAAAACCUUCGAACGUUAAAAGAAACACAAACAAGUAACAGUUUUUAGGGUUUUCUGAGAAGCAGUGACUAUGUACAGAACUGCUUUUUCGAGACUUAGGUCUCAUAAGGGCCUUCUUGGGAAUGUUCAAGCCAUGCGGUAUGCAACUUCGAGUGCAGCUGCUGUGAGGCCAUCAUCAGCAGGGCUCUUUAGCUGGCUGACUGGAGAAAGAUCUAGUUCUCUUCCUCCUUUGGACACAGUACUUGAAGGUGUUUCCCUUCCACCUGUACUGCCUGAUUAUGUUGAACCAGGAAAGGUUAAGGUUACAACUCUUGACAAUGGGAUCAGAAUUGCCUCAGCAACAUCAGCGAACCCAGUAGCCUCCAUAGGGAUAUAUCUUGAUUGUGGCUCUGUUUAUGAGACACCAAUGUCAUGUGGGGCCUCCCACUUGCUGGAGAAGAUGGCAUUCAAGAGCACUAAAAACCGGAGCCACUUGCGCAUUGUGAGGGAAGUGGAGGCAAUUGGAGGUAACAUAUCAGCCUCUGCAUCUCGGGAGCAGAUGGGGUACAGUUUUGAUGCUCUGAAGACCUAUGUCCCUGAAAUGGUAGAGUUGCUUGUGGACUGUGUGAGGAAUCCUGUGUUCUUGGAUUGGGAAGUCACUGAAGCGUUGUUCAAAUUGAAAUCAGAGCUUGGGGAAGUUCGUAACAAUCCACAAGGUCUGCUCUUGGAGGCUAUUCACUCUGCUGGUUAUGCUGGUGCUUUAGCAAAUCCUCUUUUGGCUCCCGAAUCAAUGCUGAACAGAUUGGACAGCACGGUUUUGGAGGAAUUUAUUGCUGUAAGAACAAAAAACUCAUUGAUCCUGGCGGCAUCUAGCAUUGAUCUUGAUGAGCUUUUACCAAUUGCAGAGCCGCUUCUUUCAGACCUUCCAAAAGUAUCCCGUCCAGUAGAGCCAAAAUCUGUUUAUGUUGGAGGGGAUUAUCGCCAGCAAGCUGAUUCACAGAGCACACAUGUUGCUCUUGCCUUUGGAUUGCCAGGUGGCUGGCUGAAAGAGAAAGAAGCUGUCAUUUUGACUGUUCUUCAGAUGCUUAUGGGAGGAGGUGGUUCAUUUUCAGCUGGAGGCCCCGGAAAAGGGAUGCACUCACGUCUCUAUCUCCGCGUCUUGAAUGAGUAUCAGCAGAUUCACUCUUUCUCUGCAUUCAACAGUAUCUUCAAUAAUACUGGAUUGUUUGGCAUUUAUGCUAGCACUGAUUCUGAUUUUGUUUCAAAAGCAGUUGAUUUGUCAGUAAGAGAAUUAAUUGCAAUUGCAACGCCUGCACAAGUAACUGAAGCACAGCUAAAUCGUGCCAAAGAAGCGACAAAAUCUGCAGUACUGAUGAAUCUGGAAUCUAGAAUGAUUGUUUCAGAAGAUAUAGGCAGACAGAUUCUAACUUAUGGAGAGAGGAAGCCUGUGGACCAUUUCCUAAAGGCAGUAGAUGCAAUCAACUUGAAUGACAUUACAAACGUUGGCCAGAAAAUUAUUUCAUCACCUCUAACAAUGGCGUCUUAUGGGGACGUGAUAAAUGUCCCCAGCUACGAAUCUGUUAGCAGCAAGUUUCGUCCGAAAUGAUAGAGCACCAUGGCAUUUCAAGCUCAUCCCCGGCCCAUGGCAACUUUUAUGCCCUCUGCAACCUGUUAAAACCUAUUAAAAUAAAAUAGAAUCAAGAAAAUUUUGCCAUAGAUCAACAGAAAAUGAUUUGCGCAUAGCCAUCCAGAUAUCUUUUCGGUUUUACCUAAUUGCUUGCCCGAACACGAACACAAGUUCACUUUCAUGGUCAUAUCAUGAAAAAUUUUCCAUGUUUACAUUUCAUUUUAAAGUUUUUUGUUACUUCAAAAGGAAAUGAAAUUCAACAUACAGUUUUUCUCCAUGUGUUGUAUUGUUGCCAGAUUAGUUAUACUUUAUUUUGUUAGUGCCAUGUUCAUUGUUUACUGAAACAACUCUCUUAUCUUCACUAA